CAAGUUGCCUCUGGGAGAGAGAGAUACAUCAUCGGAAGCCCACGCGUUCUUCGUUACCGGGCUCUUCACAUUCCACUCGGUACGCACAGAGACGCGCGCGCCUUUGUCUCUGGUCGAGCUCUCGACCGGCGUGUGGGAAUCAGCAGUGCGCGAUCACGGUCCGAGCUCGAAGCGGCUCAGCCACGACGAUGACGAGCAGGGACGUGGGGUCGCCGUCGUCGGGAGCGGUCUUGGGGAACGUGUACGUCGCGGUGGGGAGCGAUGCCGCGGAGAGCGAGACGACUCUCUUGUGGGCACUUCAAAACUUCGGAGGGGAGUUCAAAUAUUGCGUCCUGCAUGUCCGUCAGCCUGAAUUUGCAAUGCAGACUGUAAAUGAGAUUCUGGAUGUGUACGUUCAGAUGUGUAACCAAGCAAAGGUUUCUUCGAUGAAAAUAUAUGCUGAGAUGCAGGAUGUAGGACAAGGGAUUGUCGAACUUAUCGAGCAGCAUUGCAUCGGGAAGCUCGUUAUGGGUGCAGCAGCGAAUUGUCACUAUAUUGAGGGCAUGGCACAGCUUAAAUCUACAAAAGCAAUGUUUGUGAACGAGCAUGCUCAUCCAUCCUGUGAAAUUUGGUUUAUCUGCAGAGGGAAUCCAGUUUACUUGAGGGAAAGUAGGUCAGGCACCUCUUAUUCGGAUAUUGUGACAUCAUCACAACCAGUGAGCUCCCAUGUUCAAUCUGGACAGAGUACUCCAGGUUCAGAUAAUUCUGCAUCUGACUCUAGCGAAGUUGUAGAUAAUCUAGGCUUGGUUCAGUUUGACGGUAUUGAAAGGAGCGACCAUAGCUCAGAAACAAAUCAGGUGCCUGCUGUUCAUCAGCCUCCAUCUAGUGCAGCCGAAAGAAGUAACAGUGGGAAACUCUGUGAACAACUUGACAGAGCAAUGUCAGAGGUCACAAAGGCAAAAACGGAGGCACUUGAAGAGUUGAUUUGCCGUCAUAAAGCUGAAAAAGCUGCAAUUGAGGCUAAGCGCAAAGUUGCUGCACUUGAAAACUUACAUGCCGAGGAGUUAAGUCGGAGGAUUAAUCUUGAGGAGAUGCUAGAGAAAGAAAGGGAGAGACGCGAAAUGAUCGAGAAUGAGAAAAAUGACUUACAAAUGCUGUUCGAAAAUGCACUUAAAGCUAAUGAGGAGCUCUCAGCAAACCAAGCAAGUGAACCCUCAAGUUCGAACCGGCAGGACCAGGAAAUCAUUACCAAGUUUUCUUUCUCAGAAAUUCAGGAAGCUACAGAAAAUUUCGAUCCCUCCUCAAAAAUAGAGGAAGGGGAUUACGGUAGCACUUAUGAAGGUUUUCUUCGUCAUACCCGAGUGGCCAUAAAGAUGGUGUGUUCUGAUAGCUCGCAGGGCCCAUCACAGUAUCAUCAGGAGGUUCACAUUGCGAGCAUGUUGAGGCAUCCAAAUUUGGUCAGCCUCAUUGGGGUUUGCCCGGAAGCUUGGGCUCUCAUCUACGAGUAUCUCCCAAAUGGUAACCUCGAAGACCGGCUAAGCUGUAGAGAUAACGCUGCGCCCCUAUCAUGGCAAACAAGGAUACAGAUAUGUAGAGAUACAUGUGCUGCACUUAUUUUUUUGCACUCCUUUGAACCUCAUGGUAUAUCUCAUGGUGAUCUGACACCUCGAAACAUCCUUCUCGACGCCAACUUUGCGGCUAAACUGAGCGACUUUGGAUCACAUGAUACACCUUUUAGUUCCUGUACAACAGGAGACUUUUCUGCUGAGUUGGAUAUUUAUUCAUUUGGGGUUGUACUAUUGCGGUUACUUACUGGUCAAGCAGCAUUGAAUUUGGACGAGAUUGUGCAAAAUUCGUUGGACGAAGAUGAGUUAGAUGCUGUGUUGGAUCAAACAGCAGGGCAAUGGCCACUUGAGCAGGUCAAAGACCUGGCACGCCUAGCUUUGAGUUGCUGUGAGAUAGAUGUUAGCAACCGACCAGAUCUUCGGUCAGAGGUGUGGCCACUGCUUGAACAAAUCCAAACACUAUGUGCACAAGCGUCGUCAACCGAUCAUUCUUCUCCUGAAGAGCCUACUCGGCAAUCCUCGUCAUCUGAUCAUUCUCCUGGCGAAGAGCAUGCCCAGCCUCCUUCGUAUUUCUUUUGUCCGAUAAAACAUGAGCUUAUGGAUGACCCUCUUGUGGCAGCGGAUGGCUAUACGUACGAAGCGGAAGCGAUAAGGGAGUGGCUGAACGGCCACAGCACUUCGCCCAUGACAAAUCUUCGGCUCGAGAACUUAAAUCUCGUGUCGAAUAGGAUUGUUCGGUCAGCUAUUCAAGAAUGGGUUCAGAGCAAUGGAAGCUAAUGUGGUCUGUCAAACAGCAAAAUCUCUGUACAGUUGUGCUGCUCCGGUGGGCUUUUGUCGUACUUAUAACACAUUGCGGGAGCAGGAGUGACAUACGUAAGACCAUACGCGCGAGUAAAAACUUUCAUGGCCCUGUUUGUUUACCCUUAGAAAAAAAAGCAGAAGGUAAUGUUAUUUCACUUUUCUGUUGAAAUUUGAAAUAUCAUUUAAAAUUCCAAAAAUCACGAGAUGAAUU